AUGCUUCGCAACUGCAGCAGCAGCCACCACCAGCACCAGCACAGCCACCACCAGCACCAGAGCAUGGCGACGGAUUCCACCACCUUCUCGCUCUUCUUCCCGAGGCACAACAACAAGGCUGAGUUCGCGCCGGUGGCGAUGGCGGCGGACGGGUUCGACGACGAUAGCCACAGCUCCGUCACCACCUCCCCUUCGUCCCCGUCCUCCUCAUCCACGGGCUCCGUCGACUGCACGCUCUCGCUCGGCACGCCGUCCUCGCGCCGCGCCGCAGCCGAGGCCGCCAAGCAGCGCCCGGCGUGCCUGGCGUCGUCUUGCGGCACCGUGUCGUGGGACGUCGCCGCCGCCGCUGAUCAGUCCUACUGCUGUUGCUGCUGCUGCCAGGGCGGCAGAAGGCCCUCUGCCGCCGCCACCGCCGCCAUGAACAAGAGCGCCGCCGUGCCGUGCGCCGGGCACGGGCAGGACCCGAUGCUCGUGGACCGCCGCUGCGCCAACUGCGGCACCUCGUCUACGCCGCUGUGGAGGAACGGACCUCGCGGCCCCAAGUCCCUGUGCAACGCCUGCGGCAUCAGGUUCAAGAAGGAGGAGCGGCGCGCGGCGGCCACGGCGACGGCGACGGCGACGGCAACGGCGGCCAUGGACCAGGGCGGCUGCGGCUACCUCGCGCAGCGGGCUCAGUACGGCGCUCCGGCGGCGGCGGCCGGGAGGGCGGCGCCCGUGCCCUACGGAGGCUGCGAUGGGCCGGCGUUCCCGUGCGACGUCGCGGACGCCGAGGCUGUGCCGCCGCAGUUCCUCGCGUGGCGGGUCGACGUCGUCGCGCCGGCGGCGCAGACGGCCGCGUUCGCCGCGGUCUGGCCGGAGCGGACGACCUUGUUCCAGUACAACUAG